CAGAGAGGACGACCCAGAGCAGCGUCCUGUCUGAAGACACAGAGAGGACGACCCAGAGCAGCGUCCUGUCUGAAGACACAGAGAGGACGACCCAGAGCGAGAUGGACAGACUUCUUCUGCUCAUCAUGGCUGCAUCAGGGCUGAGUGCUGUCUCAUCAGCUGCUGGACGUCAGUACUAUUUUGUGUAUGACAGGAAGAACUUUACUGAAGCCCAGAGAUACUGCAGAGAGAGACACACAGACCUGGUCUCUGUAGACCACAUGGAGGUUAUGAAGAUCCUGAACACCACCGCAGAUCUAGACCAGAUGUUCUACUCCAAGAACAGCUACAGAGCCUGGAUAGGACUGUCCGGUAACAGCUGGAGGUGGUCCCUAUCAGACCCAGGUUUCUACAAACCCGGGGAGACGGACUUCAGACGAUGGGGGUCAGGAGAACCAAACAAUGGAUACAGUGAAAAAGUCUGCACAUGGAUACGCAUUGAUGGGUACUGGGUCGACGACAGUUGUGACAGAAAACUGGCAUUUCCAGUGUGCUCAGAGGUCAGAGGGUCAAAUGUCACUUUUGUCCUCGUCAACUCCUCCUCUAUGACAUGGACUGGAGCCCAGAACUACUGCAGAACCCGCUACACAGACCUGGCCAGUGUGAGAAACAUGGCAGACCACCAGAAGAUACAGGGGAUGCUAAGUGUUGGAUAUUUCUGGAUUGGCCUCUUCAGGGACCCCUGGAAGUGGUCUGAUGGUAGUUCCUCCUCAUUCAGCUUCUGGAAGACCGGGCAACCUGAUGUCAACAACGGGAACCAGACCUGCGUGGCUGCAGACUUCAGCCAAUCAGGAGCCUGGGAGGGCUGGCCAUGUGACAUGGAGAGAGCGUUCAUUUGCUACGGUCCAGUGGUUCCUGUUACAAAGAAAGUGAUGAAAGUGAAGUUUAAGAAGAAGGGGGACGUGGAUCUGAAUGACCCUGCUGUGAUGGCGGCCAUGUUGGAGCAGCUCCAACAGAAGCUGAGGGCCCAGGGGAAGGACCCCAACAUCAAGCUGAGCUGGAGGAAGCAGGCCGAUGGACAGGUCUUCCACAAGGAAGACCAGAAGACCACCAAGAGGAGGAGGAAGAGGGACGAGCUGUAAUGUGGAG